CUCGUCCAGUCUUCAGUCCAACACAUCAUUGGUUUCGCAGGUCGUCACUCGUCUUCUCCGUCUCCGUCUAUCACUUGGUAGCUCCCAGUAAUCAUGCGCGUCGAAUCACUCCUCCUCGCGGUUCUGCCGCUUGCUCUGGCAGCACCAAUCAUCACUCCCCGGGCUGGAUCUGUCAUUCCCGGGAAGUACAUCGUCAAGCUGAAGAACGGCGCUGCUCAGUCCGUCCUCGAAGAGGCUCUUCAGCUGCUUACCGACGAUGCCGAUCACGUGUACAGCUUUGGCAGCUACAAGGGCUUCGCCGGGACGUUAACUGAUGCGCUCGUCCACGUUAUUGCUGCUCUCCCUGAUGUCGAAUACGUUGAGAAGGACGCCAUCGUCAAGCACCAGACCUAUGUCUCCGAAACCGGAGCUCCCUGGGGCCUUGGCCGCAUCUCGCACGUCGCUAAGGGCAGCACAACCUACGUCUACGACAGCAGCGCGGGCGCUGGUACCUGCGCCUAUGUCAUUGACACUGGCAUCUACGUCUCACAUCCCGAGUUCGAGGGCCGUGCGACUUUCCUCGCCAACUACGCCGGCGACGGCUCUAACACUGACGGCAACGGCCACGGCACUCACGUCGCCGGUACCAUCGGCUCCAAGACCUAUGGUGUGGCUAAGAAGACUAAGCUCUACGCCGUGAAGGUGCUCGACGCCAGCGGAAGUGGCUCCAACUCCGGCGUCAUCGCUGGUAUCAACUACGCCGCCAACGACCAAAAGACCCGCUCCGGCUGCGUCGGCACCUCCGUCGCCAACAUGUCCCUCGGCGGCUCCAAGUCCACGGCUGUCAACUCCGCCGCCGCCAACGCCAUCACAGCCGGCCUGUUCCUGGGCGUUGCCGCUGGAAACGACGGCGCCAAUGCUAUCAACUACUCUCCGGCUUCUGAACCCACUGUAUGCACCGUCGGCGCCACCGAUAUUAACGACAACAUCGCGUCUUUCUCCAACUACGGAUCCGUCGUCGAUAUCUUCGCGCCCGGCGUCAAUAUUCUGAGCACCUGGAACAACGGCGGCACGAACACGAUCUCUGGUACCUCAAUGGCGACGCCGCAUAUUGUCGGUCUUGCGGCUUACCUCAUCGGUCUUGAGGGGAAGAGGGCGCCGCAAGCGCUUUGCACUAGGAUUCAGACGCUUUCGAACAAGAACAAGAUCAGCGGUAUCCCGAGUGGGACGGUCAACGACUUGGCGUUCAACGGCAACCCGUCUGGUUAAGCUUUGAAAGCUACGACUGAGGAAUGAGCGAUGAGUGGUGAGGGAUGGGACUGGAGUCAGCUGCUCGUGGACGCAUGGGAUAGCUGGCUGCAGCUGCUGGAGAGGAGCUGGAUGGUGAGAGGGCGAGGCUGCCUUUCCUACUCCAAAAGAUUUCACACCUUCUUUUCCUUCCUUACCUGUGCAUAACAUAUUUCGCUUCUGAUGAAUACAUAUAACGAGCUCAUUCUUUACUUUGGUUCUCCUGACACCCUGCACAUCUGGGGUUCUCAUCAAAUUGUUUCAGAGCUCGUUUCAAUUAAGCUCGCA